AUGUGCGGGAUUCAAAAGUCUACUGAGCGGUGCACAAAGUGCGGCACAGAUAUAUCCAACGCCGAGGAAAGGCACUGGUGCCAGGAGGCCCUGGAAAAUGGAGAAUUCGGAAAAUGCAAGAAACGCGUCGACACCACCAAGGUCACUUUCAAAUCGCACGAAUCGUGUGAAGGAACCAACAUUGAAGGUGAAGCGGCCUUUCCCAUGGGCAGUGUUUUCGACGACUUCAAUCCGUUGGAGGAAUUUUCCGAGAACAUGGCCCGCCACACUGAUGCUUUUUUUCGCAACAACCGCGGCGGCAGAGCUGGCAUGGAGGCGUGGCAUGAACUGAACAGGAAUGCGGCCCGUGAAAGAGAGGCGUUGCGUGAAAGGGCCCGCGAGCGCUCGAGGAGAUGGAUGGGCCAGGGGCGGAUGGUUUAA